GACAAGCUCAUUGACCCCUCGUCGGUCUCGCACAUCUUCCGGUUGUCCCCCUCGGUCGGCUGUGUCAUGACUGGAUCCAUUGCCGAUGCGAGGGCCUCGGUGAGCAGAGCGCGUGGCGAGGCUGCCGAGUUCCGCUACAAGUAUGGGUACGAGAUGCCCUGUGACGUUCUGGCAAAGAGAAUAGCCAAUAUCAGCCAGGUCUACACGCAGAGGGCCUACAUGCGACCGCUGGGCGUGGCCACGACGCUCAUCUCGCUCGACUCUGAGUUUGGCCCGCAGCUGUACAAGUGCGAUCCGGCGGGCUACUAUGUCGGGUACAAGGCGACUGCGUCGGGCCCCAAGACGCAGGAGGCGCUCAACUUCCUGGAGAAGAAGCUCAAGAACAAGGAGCACGCCGAGGGCAGCUGGGAAGAGGUGGUGGAGCUCGCCAUCACGGCGCUGAGCACGGUGCUGUCGGUCGACUUCAAAAAGGGGGAGCUGGAGAUUGGCAUUGUCGGCGGCCCCAAGGGCAACGGCGAGGAGGGCACCGACGCAGCCUUCAGGGCGCUCAGCGAGGACGAGAUCGACGAGCGCCUGCAGUCAAUCGCGGACAAGGACUGAGCAGCGGCAGGCAUGGGCGGGCGGUUGGGAGGUGUGGGUGGCUCAGGUAUGACGGCACGAUCCAAAGCACUACGAUAUCAGCGGUAGCAUGACACGGCCUCUCAGACGUCGGAAGGGCUCUAGCAGCACGAUGAAUACAGACGUUAGACUGC